GGUCGAUCGGUAGUAAACUCGAUUGUGUGCGCACCAUCAUCUCCGCUUCAGUCCAAGCAGCAGAGGCAGCAGCAGCAGCAGCAGCAGCAGCAUCAGCAGCAUCUCCCUCCUCCAUCAUCCACACAAAACUCUGCUGUCCUGUCCACCAUCCUACAGCCUUCUUAAUGACCUUCACACUGUUUAUCUGAAUGGUGUGUGGUCGGUUUGUGUUCGCUGUGGCUGCUCAUACUUGCUGCUGAGGAGAGAAGCGGAUACCUGUGCUGCAUUUGCAUCACUGCAGAGUGUUUUUGGGUGACAGCACGUCCAUACAUUUGGGUGUAUUCUGCUCGUGACAGCUGCCAUGGCAAAAGCAGUCGCACCAUCCAACGCAAUAACAGGUGAAAAGAUGGCUCCCCCAUCCAUCACUCUACUUCCUGACAAGAGAUCUCCGACAAACAGUCACAGCUCUCCGGCCCGAACUGGAAAAACAACUCCAUCCAGCACAGAGAGGAAGCCACACAUGAAUGGACACGCAUCCCCUUCACACUUAGCAGCGAACAUCACUAACAACCAUGCAGGUAAACAAACUGCGGAGGGUUAUAUGAAGACGGACGACAGGAUGCGAUUAGCCAAAGAGAGACGUGAGGAGAGGGAGAGAAGUCUGGCGGCCAGGGAGCAGCUGAUCAGGGAGAAGGAGCGCAGAGCUCGGCUUCAGUAUGAACGCACAGUGGAGGAACGCUGGAGGCGGCUGGAGGAGCAGAGGCAGAAAGAGGAGCUCCGCAGAGCUGCAGUGGAGGAGAAGAGGAGGCAGCAGCUCGAGGAGGAGAGGGAGCGGUUGGAGGCCCUGAUGAAACGCUCUCUUGAGCGAAGCCUUCAGCUGGAACAGAGGAACAAACGAUGGAGCAGGGGCUGCCCGACAGGAGCAGGUGACAGUGAGAAUGCCCCACUCCCUUUCUCUGCUGCCUCCGCCUUUUCCCAUGGCAUUGCCUCCCCCCUUCCUGCUGUCAGCGAAUCUGCACCCUGCAGUCCUCACAGGUCACCCUUCUGCAGCUCGCUCAACCCUGCAGAUCACAACAGAGCUGGACUUCAGGGAGGCUCGCAGUCCACUCCCAACACCCCCAAGAAACAGCGGCUGCGCAGAGACAGAAGAACUGCAUCACCAGGUUGCGGAUCACCUGUGAGGAGAUCCGAAUCCCCUGCUAGUGUCAACAAGCACUUGGCUUCCCCUGUUUCCUCUAAGCUGGCAUCUAAGAUACGUGCCCAGUCUCCUAGCAAUGCACAUCAGCACCAUAACUCCCCUACAAGACAUCGUCCAAACAUGUCCAGUGAUGACAUGAAAGCAGAAGACAAGAAGGUGGAAAAACACAGCGAACAAACCAAAGCCGAGACCGCAGUGAAAAAGAAUACCGACGUUAGCAGCACAAAUCCAUCCUCACUAGCUGAGAGGAAUGUGGUCAAUGAUGAAAUCACUAAAACAAGAUCUACUAAGGCUGAAACUUCUGAUAAGCGCCUCAAAGGCGACACGUCUGAAAAAAAUCAGUCCCCUGACAGAAAGGACCACAUGCCUGCCAAAGUGGAUUCCUCAGAGAAGAAGACACAGAGCAACAUUCAGGAUGGGGACAUGAAAAAAGAAUCAGCACCAUGCGCAUCCGCGGGGAAGAUGGCAGCUGGCACAACAAAUGCAGAGGAGGCUACCAGGUUGCUGGCAGAGCGUAGGCGUCAGGCUCGAGCUCAGAAAGAACUGGAAGAGAAAAAACGGGAGCAAGAGGAAGAAGAAAGACUAAAGGAAGAGCAGCUGAGGAAGAAACUCGCACAGGAGCAGCAACAGGAAGAGGUGAAGGCUCAACAAGCAAAGGAAAAGGUGACAAAUGAGGAAGAUACUCACAAGCUGAAGAACGAGGAGCAGGAGAAGGAGCUGCAGAACCAGACUGACAAAGAGAGAGAAAAAGCCAAAGUCCAGGCUCAGGAGGACGCAGCACGUCAACGACAAGACAGAGAACUGCAGAAGCAACAGGAAGAGGAGGAGAGGCAACUAAGAAAAAAGAGAAUUGAGGAGAUCAUGAAGAGAACUAGGAAGGGUGAAGCUGACUUGAAGAAGGAGGAGCAGGUGGAGACGAAGUCUGUCUCGCCACCAGGGGAUGAAAAGACCCUUCAAACUAAUGCUCAGGUCAACGAGCGAGCUUCCAAAACCGUUGAGUUUCAGGUUAAAGAGCAGGUCACAGUCCAGGUCAACACGAAGGAAUGUGUCCCGGUAAAGAAAGAAGCAGCAGCAGCAGCAGCAGCAGCAGCAGCAGCACAGACGGACAGGCAGAAGAGUGUGCAAGUUAAAAACAACACUCAUCAAGUGACACCAACACACAGUGUUCCUGACAAGAUACCGGACACCAAACAAUCCAGUGAAGAGCGUGGAAGCCAGCUUAACAAAGAAACCAAAGCCGGCGUUCUCAAGCAACAGGGAAGAGAGGUGGAGAUGAAUGUAAACAAGCAGCACAAAGCAAACGUUAAAGCCACAGACCAAAUAAAUAAAGAGCCAACUAAGCCGAAAGCAGAUGCCAAAGCCAGCCAAAAGGAGGGCGCUAUGAUGAACGGAGGAGUGAAGGAUAAAGGAAGUGCCUUGAUGAGUAGCCGUCGAACUGAUGAGGGAAGCAAACAACAAAACCUGCAUGUGUCAACAGCUGAGGGAAAGGUUAAAGGAGGGUCUCAGGUUGAGGUAAUUAGAGCCUCAGUGACACCACCACCGGUGGGACACCCAUCACCGCCAGUCAUUAAGCUGGAGCCACUAGAUGUGAAGGGGACAAGGUCAUGUGAUGAGGUGCAGUCCAUGGAGGUCAGCCCAGCUUCAAAGGAAGAGCUGAUUUCAAUCCCAGAGUUCUCGCCAGUCAACGAAACCCAGCACAGUGGCAUGAGUAAUACCAGCGCUCUAGAAGAUCUGAUGGACCUGACAGGCAGCGUCACCUACCCAAAACUGUCCUCUGAAAGCAACAUAGGCGACUGCAACAAGAACCUCAUUGAAGGUGUUGUCAGUCCCAUGUCAGACUCAAAGCUCAUCGGGAUGUCGUCUUCGUCCUCAAAUAAACUUAGCAUCCAGUAGUCCAUUCAUUCUGUCUUUCUCUUCCCACUUCUCGCUUGCCCUCUCACUCUCUCUCUCUCUCUUCCGUCCCCCCACACACACAUACACACACACACACACACACACACACACACACACACACACACACACACACACACACACACACACACACACACACACAUACUCACAGGGGGUGUCACAUUUUGAGUAUGUGCCCCUGUGCCGCUACAUUUAUGGGAAUAGAGCCAUAGAGAUUGACUUACAAAAAAAAGAAAACUGUAAACCAUGACUUGCAAUAGAAACAAAACAUCUCUUAUAUUAUAAUCACAUAGCAACUGAGCAUUGAAAUGAUGUGUCAAAGAUUAUAGUUUUGAUUUCUUGUUUGUGUGCAAGAUGAGCACAUGUGAAAGAGAGUCAGGGAGAUCAGGUGUGUUUGGAUAUGUGAAAUAAUGACAAAAAAGACGACUAUCAUUUCAUUAUAGAUAUUUAAACACACCAUUGAUAACAUCCAGUAGCUUGGUAAGAAUCUUUAAUAUUCCCUGCACAGACCGGGUCCCAGUUCAGCCCUAUUACUGGAGUAAUAAAGCCCACUCAGAGCAUCCAUAUUUGUACUGCUGCCUUUCCACAUAUACAAUAUUAAGCCUUUCAGUCUAAAUCAGUGUGUUGCUGGGAAGGCAUGACCAUUUCAUUUUAAAGACCCUAACCCUAACCCUAUUUUUUAUUACUUCAAAAAUGAUCUUCAUGCAUGAACUAAUGAUUUAUUUAGCCGGAAGUUAAUGGAUUUAAAGCGAGGUCUGAUCAUAGGAUUGUUAAUGCACAUUUUCUUCUGAAGCCCUUUAUUCCUUUUUUAUCUUUAACUGGGACUUUCUAACUGCACGUGGGUGAGAAAGACGAGUCCAAAGCUGGCAACUUGAAUGUUAUCGCAAAAAAAAAAAAAAAAAUCAUGGCAUCAACACGAAUGAUGGUACAUUACUACUUGUUUGCUGAAGACUAGAGUGAAUCACUAACUUGGACAUUAGUGCAAAUAUACAAUAGAAGUUUAUUUCACUGGCGAGACGCCCUUUUUUCAAUGAUUCCAUUGAUUAAAUUGAGCUCUUAUGAUAGAAAUAGUGACAGCUCAGCAACUUCACAUCAUUUAAAAUGUUUUCUGUGUGAGGGGUUUCCUGGGCAUAAAGCUAAUGGUUGCAUUAAUCUAUAAGACGGUAACAUAUAGAUUCCAAUCAAUAGAUAUCUGGCUAUUGACUUAUAAGACUAAAGUGCACUGGGGCAGGGAUGUCUGCUUAACAAUCAACUUGAAAGUAUGCCCUGUAGCUAUAAAGAUGCUAAUUGCUGUAGUUUCUCAAAGUCUAUCAUGUUGUUCCUCGUGGCCCUGUAUAGAAAUCAUCUCCUUUAACUUGUUGAGCAAUUCAUAAAAUUGCUAAUAACUGCGAUUUUUCAUUUCCUGUGUCAUGUUUAAAUGUAAUUUCAGUAGAGGUGCCUUAUAAGGGACUGAUCAGUUACUUUAGUUUUUGUGCUGAAACAUUUUACAGUCUUCUGGCUGUGUGUUUAUCCUUUCUGUUUGGCCACUGGAGUUGUUGUAUGUGACCUGUAAUACUUGAACCUUGGUUUGAAACGCACCAUUUCCGCCACGCUGCAAACAUAUAUGCCAACAGCUUGUAUAUAUUAUCUUGUCACUUUGUGAAGUGACAUUUAGAUUUGUGUUUCUCAUACAAUGCAUAGCCUGGUAAGGCUUUCUGAACUGUCCUACGUGAAAUAGCCGAUGUAGUCACAUACAGUAUUUGAAAAUCAGGAUUUGCUGUAUAUUUCAAAAAUUCAAACAGAUGGUCCACAUUUUUGCAAAGGAGACUGAUCUUAAGGAAAGUCUAAUGAGUACAAAGAAGUAAUACAUACAACCCUUUCAAAAAGCAUUCAAGUCCGUUCAUACCCAUAGCUCCAAACAUUCUCUCACAGCCAGAUGAACUCUUUAAGUGAUGUAAUUUCUGUAGACACUGUGCAUGGUUAGCAUGGUCAUGAUAAUGUUAUCUGAAACAAUAAAAUAUAAAACUGUGAA